UUAAUGAAAGAAGCGCAUUUCGCAUUUACAUUUGUGCUUCAGCCGCGAGAGUUGGUUGUUCACGAAAUUUAAAUAUUUAAUUCCUUAUCCGAAAGCGGAAAACCGGUUUUCUACUGUGAUAAUAGUCUAACCUAAAUAAAACGAUAAAAUGAAUGAAGUUAUUGAUGUUAUGGCUUUGCAACGUGAUAAAUCUAGACAUGCAACUCCUAUUGAUUAUAGAGCAGCAGAAGGAAAAUCGCUUGCUCCUUGGUUUUUGUUCGAGUGUGGAAUUAAACUUAACGCUCAACCAUUGACGAUUGCUAUGGCUGCUGUGAUAUUUCACAAAUUUUUCAAAGAAGUUGAUGCUUCGGACUACGAUAGCUAUUUAAUAGCUACUUCAACUCUAUAUCUAUCUGGUAAAAUGAAAGACGAUCAGUUAAAAAUUCGUGAUGUUAUAAAUGUUGCUCAUUCAACUUUGAAUAGAAAUAGUGCUCCAUUAGAAUUAGGCGAUCAAUACUGGAGCAUGAGAGAUGGAAUUGUUCAGGCAGAAUUGCUCAUAAUGAGAGUGUUGAAAUUUGAAGUAAACGUUGAACAUCCACAUAAGUAUAUGCUGCAUUAUCUGAAAUCUUUGCAAGACUGGUUUAGCCCAAGUGUUUGGUCUACAAUGCCAAUUGCUAAAACUGCUGCUGCGUUUUUGCAGGAUUUCCAUCAUUCGCCUGCUAUAUUAGAUUAUGCUGCACCACAUAUUGCUAUAGCAUGUUUAUCAUUGGCUCUGCAAAUAUAUGGAGCCAGAGUACCCCUAUGUGAUAACAAUGAUGAUAAUGGGGUUUGGUAUCAUGUUUUCGACAAGAAUUUAUCAAAGGAAAAACAUUGGGAAAUUAUGGAGAAAGUUAUGGAUGUUUAUAAUCAAGAACCUGAGACAUCUUAAAUUUCUUGUACUUAUGAAUUUUUAUACCUUUUGUAUUAAAUGUACU